GUGUGGCUACAUGAAGGCAUUUUUGACGGAUCCUUGUCGUUGAAACACACUCGGAUUGAAUGGUAACAGUUGGACUUUACUCAGUUCUAGUGGCUAAUUUCUGUAUCAGGACUCUUAAUGUUCGGUGUAGGGAAGUAAAAAUUCUGGCUACUGGAAAUGAGUUGGCACGAACAUUUGCACACCCAUCUAUAGUUUUCUUCACGCAGAAAAAAUUCAAAUUAACCCAGAAUAAUUCUAAGAAAGUAAUAAAUGCAAAACUCCGUCGAAGACACCUGCUGAAUCCAUCCAAUCGCAAGUUACUAACUAGCAGCUAGCUUGUGGUGUUCCCGCCAUUCCCGUAAACGAGCAUGCACAUGUAGUCUGAGGAUUGUCUUAAGUUGUAGGAAGCGUUGAUUUCUUAAUAAAUUAGAGGUCAUUACUGAUUUGGUUUUUUUCUGCACGGAGGAAAACUUAUUCACGGCAGGGAAUUAAUAUAUUGAAAUGUUAUUUUACUUUUCUCUUAUCUCCAUCCCUCCCCUCCCCCCUUGCCAACUUUCCCUGACAUUUUGGUUGAACAGGUCUGAAAAAAAAAAACCAAUCAUAGAGGGAAAAUAUCAAAUGUGCUCCUGUUUUGUGUAUUUAAGUAUCUAUUAUUUGUUUGUAUAUUUUCAUUCAUUCAAUAAACUUUCCAUUUGUCUGCUUCGCAGCCAUUGUUUGGUCUUGUAACGCAAAACCGUAAACUAAUACAUUAAUUCUCUUAUUCUUCUUAAUAUUUUGCCAUUUAUUAUCUAUCUGUUUGUCGAUUCCUUUCACGCAUGAGUUCUGUUGAGACUGGCAUAAAAAGACACGAAUGGUAUCGAAGAGUUGGCUUACGUAAUUGGCAUGAGCGACUGGGAAACCCACGGAAUAAUACCACUUAAACGUUGCGUUACUGAUUGAAGACACGGAAAAACACAUGGUACCACGUGCAUUCUACCAGGUCAUUAUCGUCUGAAAUAUGCUCCUCAAUCAAAUUGAAAUCAAGAAGUUUUUCUUUCAGUUCAAACGGGGAAAAUCUCUUGCGUGGAAAGCGAAAACAUCGCACUAUAAACCUUGCAUUGUCCUCUUUGUUUUGAAGAGUAUGAAUAAUAAUUGUAUUCAAAUUAAGCAAACUGAUUGAUUUGCAUCGCAAAGGGUUACGUGGAUAACACUCAUUCCCUUAUUGAAUUUUUUCAUGCCUGACCAAAAAAUUGAGCUCUUGGAAACCGCGUGGAAUGGACUAAACUGAACCCGUUGGGCUCGGAUAUCCUCGACGAAAGAGAAAGAGAACGUAACAACAGAGUAUUAACGCAGCUGAACCAGCAGCAAAGAACCUCUUAGGUGCACACAAGAAUACAACUGAUCAUCACUGGACCGAGUACAGCGCUCACUCAAGUGAUUAAAAUUUAUUACAUACACAUAUUCUUUUCCCUCGAAUCGAAAAUCUGCUUUGUGUUUCACUGCUGCCGGAGCAGAACUUCCAAGAAACCCAGUUGAAGCCGUAUAAUGUACACAACCUCGGAAUACUCGAUGAAAACAAUGGGCUUGAUUGCAAAUUUGCUUUGCCUCUUCCUUGUUGUUGAUGCGUCACAUGAAAACCGAGGAGGAAAAAUCGACGCUUUGGCCGACAAAGUCAACUUAAGCGACAAUUAUAUCGUUGAAUGGCGCAUUAAUGAAAAGGCAUCUAGCGUGGAGUUCAAAAUCAACGUUAUGGUCGACGAUAAAGGUUGGGUUUUGCUAGGAUUUAUGGAUGUACCGAAAAAUCAAUCUGCGGCCAAAAGUAAGCCGGGAAGCAUAAAAGAUUCUCGCGGAGAUUUUGUGAUCACUUGGCCGACCUCCGCACCAAAGGAGAGGACCACAGUGGACGCGAAUACAAUGGAAAAACCUGGUGAAUUAGAGAAGGAUGAAAAUUCUACUCUGGAUUAUCAAGUGACAUUGGAUCAAACAACUACAAACAAAUCAAGAGGAUUGGUUCUCAAAAUUACAAGGAAACUGGAGACUGGUGACCCUCAAGAUGUGCCCAUCACUGAGCAGCCCUUGUGGAUGUUUGGGGCAUAUGGAAAUUCAGAUGCUUAUCUAACAGACCUUUCCAACGUCACUAACAUUGACGACACUCUGAAAGUUAAGGAGGUUAUCAUCAUGAAAAAUAGCAGGAACAAAGAUAAUGGCAAAUCAUUUUGGAAAGAUCAAGUGGAGAAGCACUGGAUUUCUGUUGUGUUAGCAGUAUCUGGAAUUCUCACAUUUGUUAUUAUUGGAGCAGUUUACUGCUGCUUUAGAAAGGGAAGUAGAGAUUUCCAUGGAAAGAAAGUCAAAAUGAAUUUCUACAAAGAAGAUGAAGAUGAUGAGGCUCGUGUUGCUUUCCUCCAGUCACGCACCUAAUGAUCGAUAAGAAGCAGAGUAAGAAUACAUUGACCAAUGAUUGCCUUGACAGUUCCCCUCCAGCUUACAGUAGACAACUUUGCCUUCUCAUUAACAGUAUUCAGAUCAGAGAGAAGAGGCUGCAAGGCGUAGAAACAAAAUUUAAAAGGCAUUGUACCUUUUAACUUUAUCUAGAGGAGCCAUAUUUGUACAAGAGUAGUGACCGUCAUUUGCAACUUCUCUCCCUUUAAGAUCUUGUCCUGUUCUUAAGGGAAAAAACAACUUUGCCUGGUGACAAAUAUUUGGUAGUUUUAGAGUAUGUUAAGCAUAAAAUACCUUUGAUAAUAGAAGACUGCAGUUUUUUGCUGUAUAUUUUACUACUUGAGGAAAUUAGGUCAAAGCAGAAGUGUUUAAAAGUUUGAAAACCUGCCUUCUUAUUUUCUCAACCAUCAAGUUUACUAGCAUCUUUUGAAAGAACAAAAAUAACUAUCAUGAGAGUAAAACCACUUGAAGAGCAGUCAAUUGUGAAUGCCUUUUCCAGUCCAGUCCAGUGACCUAAUCUUUAUCACUUCAAUCAAUCCCUCCAUCCAAACAAUUCCAUAAUAUUGUAAGAAGUAAGAAUAUUUUCUGACUGUAUAUGAAGCAGCCAUCAUUGUAAUAGAAAGUAACAUGGUUGGUAGUUUAAUAUCUUAAGAUGAUAAAUAAAUUACUAGUACAACCAAUAGUUUUCACAACCUUUCAUAAAAACUUAAGGGUAAAGAGGGCUUUAAUUAAGAAAAACCAUAACAAAAAACAAAACACAUUAAAGAAAAAAUUUUAAAAGGUAGCCUCAUUUUAUUGAAUAUAAUGCUUUUUGUAAGAGUUAUGGAGUGGUGAGAUUCAUCUUUACAAUCUUGUAACAUUCAAUCCAUGGUUAUUGCUAAGACAAAGACUUCUUUUCUUUUAAACUUUUCAGUUCUAUUUAUAACUUUUUUAAUUGCUUUUAGUCUGCUGCUUUUCAAAAACUUAGUAGAAUAGCAAAUAAAUGUUUCAGCAAGGCAUGCACUCUAAUUUACAGUUAUUUAGUAUGUGCUAAGUUAUAUAAAAUGUCUUUGAAAUACUUGUGUAUACAUUUAUAAAACCAAUCAUGGUUGGACAACAUCUUUGAAAUCUGUUUAGUAAAUAAUAAACAACAAUCUUUUUACCAUGA